GUCUGCUCUCGCGCAUGCACCUGCACUCGCAACACUCCGUGGGGUGAUUGCGCGCCUCCCACUCCAGGCGUCGACUGUCGAGCAGUCGCAAUGGAUUGCGUGCCUGUGAAACAUCCACAACCUCGUCCCUUGAAGGACCCCUGGAGGACGUUUCGCAUAGCCGACUCACGAAAGUGGGCUCCGGUGUUCGCCAUUUAGCGUGUGAUGGCGAGCCAUUGCAAUCCAUGGACGCACCGUCCGUCUCACCUGUCUCAGCCCUGCCGCUGGGCCAACUUCCCCAUCUCGUCCGUCCAGUCUCUCGUAAGCUGCAAAAAAAAAUCUUUCUGGAAUAUGCGUCCAAUCUGAUCAUCAGCCUUGGACUCUCAAGCCACCGUCCAUGGCGACAUCCGACAACGUUAUCUGCCGCCAUCACGGUAAUGCUCGCUUUCGGCGCCAGAAUUGUCCGUGGUUGUUCAAAGCACAUGAUAUGGGUGCGUCUAGCCUGCGCCGCAUUACCGCAAGAAGAGCAGCGCUGCGUAUACCAUGCCCCGUUGCCGUCCCGGGCACCCUCAACAGCCUUCAGCGUGUGCAGUGUGCACCAUUUUGAGGGAGAUCAGCACGCUCGCUGCCUCAGCAAAAAUUUUUGCAACGCCUCGCGUAUAGGGGGAGGUUCUGGCUGCCUGCUGGCCACCUCACUGUCCUCAAUGUCGGCCAUGCUCACCAACUUGGCCUCGCUUAAUCCUCGUCGUUCGUUUUAGGCAUACGGCGAGGGCGAAGCAGUAUUGAUCGGUGGUCAGAAUGGAGCACUGCUUGACGAAGAACGCCUGUUUGGUAGGCAUUGCGCUCUUCACGGCUAGCCAAUUUGCUAGGAUGUUCAUCUCUUGCGCGCCCCGAGCACUGUUCGCUUCAAGAAGCGAGAUAACAAUCAUGCUUGUUGCCUUGCCAUUUGACGAAAGGAGUGAAGGGCGCAGUGAUGUUCGUCCCUGCAGCUUGUCA